CGGACAUCGGAGCGGUGUUUCGGGUUUUGCGUUAUGGCUAGGUUUGGAGCCAAGGUUAGGGAACUGCGAUUUCUCGUUGCUCAGACUGCUCCUUCGAGCUCUGGAAUUAGGGAUUUUAUUUCACGUCACUAUCUGUCUCUAAAAACUGCUAAUCCUCAUGUGAAGUUUAUGAUUCGUGAAUCAGAAGGGAUCACACCAAAAGUGUUCGCUCGUUAUGAGAUGGGGAAGGAAGACUGCAUUUCAGUGGCAAAUAACACAGCUGAUGAUAUAAUUUCGAAACUUAAGACUCUAGAUCGAGUAUAAAAUGUUUUUUUGUAACGAUUCUACGUAAAUUAGUUUAUAAUUAAUAACUUUGAGGAUAAAUAGCAUUGUUGACAGCUUUAUUCGUUUCUGUCAGUGAAAGAAACAUUUAACUCGUUGAAAUAUAAAUCAAUUAUCGGUGAACUUAUGUUUUAAAACUCAAGGGUUUCGUGAAUGUAAAGUUCUAAUCCCAGAUUAGUUCACUAGAAAAAACGGCAAAGUAUUUUUCAAGGAAUAGGUGUAGCGGGUUAACAUUCUCGCACAAUAGGGGAUCGUUUCUGAUUGCUUAAUUUAUCAGCAAAUCGCAUGAAAAAUCUAUUACGAGGAAUAUUCUUCACAUUGCAGAUUAAACAAAUGGUGGUAGGCUGUCACAUGAAGAUGUUGGAUGUAUUUGAGCUGUAAGUCGUUCACAAAUCCAUGGAUGUCUUGGAAAUUGCCAUAUGGAGGUAUCAAAUAUGUUGAUUAUUGAGUUAUAAUCGCGCUGAUAUUUACGAUGGGAAUCGCAUUUAUGGUGAAGUAACACUAGAUUAACUGUUUCUGUUUUUUUCUUUUACAAGGAAUUCAAGGUAAAUAUAUGUAUAGAAAAUUUAAAUUAUUCACAUAAAACUGAUUAUGG